AUGGCGACUCCGUACGGCCAGUCAGGGCAUCCUGAUUUUGCGACUGGUGGGCCUGAGGGCUAUGAUAACGACCAUGACGACAAUGACGACCAGAGUGCCCUUGGGGCGCACGGAUUGCCCAGUGGGCAGCAGAUGAGGCUGCUAGGAAGUCUUGGGGACGAGGAGGAUGAGAGUGGUUACGAGGCUCCGAGUGAACCAGGCAGGUCAUACCAUCCCAAUAACCAGCAGUACCAAGAGCUUGCCCGACAGCACACGCCGCCGCCGCAGGUCAGGAAUGUCAAUACUGCCAUCGGAUAUGAGUCGACUCAAUCGCCAGCCCCGAGCUUUGGGGGGAGCCAUACAGCGAUUGGAUAUGAUAACACACCGCUCUCGCCAGAGUCACGGUAUGGGACACCGGCUUCACACUCGCGCCUUACUUCUACUCCAUCACGCCUUUCGGAAAACCGUUCAUGGACGCCCUCGAAUGUGGGAGCGUGGACAUCCAGCCAGCGGGGCGGAGGACCAGGGAGUGUACAGAUGGAUAGGUCUUCGACUAGAGGCGGCGGUGUCCCCAUUGACAGGGCAUGGACCCCGAGCCGGAAUAGCGGUGUUAGGCAGCUUGAUAUUCGGCAGGUGGACUACUCGCGCCCGCCGCCCAUGAAUACGGAGCCUUACGUACCAAGGAGCUUGAAUGGGACACCGAGACCGGGGAGCAUCAUAAGUAGUUACUCGAAGAGAAGCAGAGACAGCCAGCAGACACUGCCUGAGAGUGAUUACCCAAGCGGUCAAAUGAGGAAUUCGUAUCAGAGCGAGGAGACAAUGAUCCCCGUAGGCGAUGAUAUCAGCGAUUAUCAGUAUACAGAUCUAGGCGACUCUCAGUACGGCCCCGGGGCUAGUAACGUGAGCGGUUACUCUGAUGACCUGAAGCGCGAAAUCACAAAUUCGUCUUCUGGGGAGGAUGGAAGAACCUAUACGAUGGGUACCGAAAGUGAUGGCGGAAAGCUUGCGGCGCAGACUAAGGGUGCGCAUUUCGGUCCUGCACCUCAUGCACCACAGACGAGGAGAGGUCUUAAUCGGCAAGCGCUCAUGACAAAGAAACAAGUCAAGCUUAUCAACGGAGAGCUUAUUCUUGACUGUAAAAUUCCAACAAUUCUGUACAGUUUCUUGCCCAGGCGGGAUGCACAGGAGUUUACGCAUAUGAGGUAUACUGCGGUUACCUGUGACCCGGAUGAGUACGCAAAUCGUGGAUAUCUGUUGAGACAGAACAUAGACCCGACCAGAAGAGAAACAGAGUUGUUUAUCUGUGUUACGAUGUAUAACGAAAACGAAAUCCUAUUUACGAGGACCAUGCAUGGUGUCAUGAGGAAUAUUGCGCAUUUCUGUGCCAGAAGUAAGAGUAGAGUUUGGGGAAAGGAUGGAUGGAAGAAGAUUGUGGUAUGUAUCGUCGCCGAUGGACGUAAGAAGGUACACCCGCGUGUACUCGAUGCGUUAGCUGCGAUGGGCGUGUAUCAGGAUGGUAUUGCAAAGAACUCCGUCAACGGUAGAGAGGUCAAGGCCCACGUUUAUGAGUACACAACUCAGGUGUCACUUGAUUCAGAUCUCAAGUUCAAGGGUGCCGAGAAGGGUAUCGUACCGGUGCAAAUGGUGUUCUGCCUCAAGGAGAAGAAUGCAAAGAAGUUGAAUUCUCAUCGAUGGUUCUUUAAUGCUUUCGGAGCUACAUUAUCCCCUAACGUUUGUAUUCUUCUUGAUGUUGGAACUCGGCCGGGGAAUACCUCGUUGUACCAUCUGUGGAAAGCCUUCGAUACAGAUUCCAACGUUGCUGGUGCGUGUGGCGAGAUCAAGGCAAUGAAAGGGAAAGGCUGGAUGGGACUCUUCAAUCCCCUCGUUGCGAGUCAAAAUUUCGAGUACAAAAUGAGUAAUAUCCUCGAUAAACCUCUCGAGAGUGUUUUUGGAUAUAUUACUGUGCUUCCGGGAGCCCUGUCGGCAUAUCGCUACCACGCACUUCAGAACGAUGAGAAUGGACACGGCCCCCUAUCACAAUAUUUCAAGGGAGAAACGCUCCACGGGAAAGAUGCGGAUGUUUUUACGGCAAACAUGUAUCUUGCUGAGGACCGUAUUCUUUGUUGGGAGUUAGUCGCCAAACGCUCCGAACGAUGGGUCCUGAAGUAUGUGCGUGCCGCUACCGGAGAGACCGAUGUCCCCGACUCUGUCCCUGAGUUCAUCUCUCAGCGUCGUCGAUGGCUUAACGGAGCUUUCUUCGCAGCCACUUUCUCCCUGGCUCAUUUCAAACAGAUCUGGUCGACCGAUCAUACGUACCUCAGAAAGUUUUUGCUGCAUAUUGAGUUUUUGUACCAGUUCGCCUCGUUGGUGUUUACGUUCUUCUCUUUGGCGAACUUCUAUCUCAGUUUCUACUUCAUUGCAGGAAGUUUGGCAGACGCAACGAUGGAUCCAUUUGGACAUGGUUGGGGGGCAAGAAUCUUUGUGUUCUUGAGGUUUGCGUGUGUGUUGCUGAUAUGCACCCAGUUUAUCGUGUGUAUGGGGAACCGGCCGCAAGGAGCAAAACGAAUGUUCAUGUCCUCAAUGGUUGUGUACGCCGUAAUCAUGGCCUACACAACCUUCUGCGGAAUGUAUAUUGUUAUCAAAUCUUUUACUGGCGGUGUCGGUGACCAAGUCACUGAAAUCGUUCUUGGCGACAAUAUCUUCACGAACCUUAUUGUCUCAGUCGGGUCCACGAUGGGUGUUUAUUUCCUCAUGAGUUUCCUGUACUUGGACCCAUGGCACAUGUUCACCUCCUCCGCUCAGUACUUCAUGAUGUUGCCCAGCUACAUUUGCACCCUCCAGGUCUAUGCUUUCUGUAAUACUCAUGACGUAUCUUGGGGUACCAAGGGUGACAACACAGUUUCCGUCGAUCUUGGUGCUGCUGUCGCUUCAAAGGGCGACACUGUCGAGCUUGAAAUGCCAUCGGAGCAACUCGAUAUCGAUUCUGGGUACGAUGACGCACUUCGGAACCUCCGUGACCGCCUUGAAGUUCCCGAAGACGCUGUUUCAGAGGGUCAGAUCCAGGAAGAUUACUAUCGUGCAGUUAGGACAUACGUGGUUGUUGUGUGGAUGGUUGCGAAUGCUAUUUUAGCGAUGAUUGUGACCGAGGCCUAUCCCCUUAAUGAAAUGAGUGGGAACUUUUAUCUGAAGUUUCUUCUGUGGUCCGUUGCAGCCCUUGCCGUCUUCAGGGCCCUUGGAUCAACAACAUAUCUGAUCCUCCAGGGACUCCACCGAUUCGUAGAAGGAAGGGUCAAGUUCGACCCUACCCUCAUUACGAAUAGAUUCCAGCCAGCAUGGAAACAGUCCUCAUCGUCAAAGGUCAAAAUAAGCAUGCCAUGGACUAAUAAAAAGUUGGUACUUCCAAGUGUAAGCAACCUUGGGAAAUCCGUGUAA